CUGGCAAAGAAUAUGGUGCAUUGAUUGACAGAUUCAGCUUGCGUGUACCUAUACCGAUUACCAGGAUGAGCGUGGUACUAGAUGUGAAUCUGCCGACACAGCGACUGCCGGGAGACGGAGGGUUUGAUCUUUGGCAAAAGACACCCAAAGUCGAUGAAAGACCCCUUGAGAUUGCGGAACGGCAAUCAUCUGAUGAAUCUCGGGAAGAUGCGAAAGUCAAUGGUGUCUCUGCCGUCACAUCGCAUAUCGAAAACGCUUCGAUUUCUGAAAACUCGGCAUUGAAAGCAGCCACAAAAUCAAUGCCCAAAGUACCCCCAAGCGGCGUCUGGGCUCCAGCUAUCACAUUUUUCGACCAAAGCACCGACAACUUGGACACGGAUUCACAGGCGAAAUACUACUCGUACCUAUCAAAGACUGGUCUUGCCGGUCUUGUUGUACUUGGCACCAACUCCGAAACUUUCCUCCUGACGCGCGAAGAGCGCAAGACACUUCUGGAAACUGCCCGUAAAGCAUGCGGGCCAUCCUACCCCAUAAUGGCCGGUGUGGGCGGUCAUUCAACAAAACAAGUGUUGGAAUUCAUUCAGGACGCAGCUGAUGCCGGUGCAAACUACGCCUUGCUCUUGCCACCAGCCUAUUUUGGCAAACAGACAACGCCAGCUGUCCUCGACAGCUUUUUCAAUGAUGUCGCCAGUGCGAGCCCACUACCCAUUGUCAUUUACAACUUCCCAAUCGUCUGCAAUGGCAUUGAUCUGGACUCAGCGACCAUUGCUGGACUCGCUAAGACACAUCCCAACAUUGUCGGCGUGAAAUUGACUUGUGGCGCCGUGGCCAAGAUCACGCGUCUUGCAGCUGAGUUACCAGAAGGGACUUUCGCGACCUUUGGAGGACAGUCGGACUUUUUGAUUGGUGGCCUGGCUGCGGGAUCCCAGGGGACGAUCGCUGGGUUUGCAAAUGUGUUUCCGAAGACUCUUGUGAGAAUCUAUGAUCUAUACAAGGAGGGCAAGUUCCAAGAAGCAAUGGAGUUACAUAAAAAGGCUGCACUUGCUGAGCAGCCUUGCAAAGCUGGAAUUGCUGCAGUCAAGUUUGCUGCUGCUCUGCACACAGCAAAGCUGGCGGGGAUUGACUCGCCACUGGAGAAAUUGAAGCCCAGACGGCCAUAUAUCGAGCCUUCGGAGGAACAGAAGAAGUCAAUCCAGUCACAGAUUGCAGUUCUAGAGGACAUUGAGGCAAGCUUAUAGUCAUAAACAGUAUGAAUGGAUGGAGUUAUGCGGUCACCAACUUGAAACGCAGCUACAUGUGACUGUGGAAAACGUCGAGACUGACUUUCAUAAUAUCGUAACUAUCACUACACCCAGCCAAGAAUGGUCGAGUCUCCUCAAACUUCAGAAUGAUCCUUGACUAACAGAGUGCACCACGAUAACACUGAGGAUUCACCUCAGCAACACGGUUGAGUGUAAAUCCCUUGUUGACUGUCAACCCCAGCCCAGCCGCUGC